AUGAAGGAUGAAGAUGCGUCGAGGAUUGUGAAUGAACAGGAGGAUCUCUCACCAGGUCCUAGACGCUUAGGAAGAGAGAAAAAUCCACCAAUGUACCACCACGACGAGUACGCUGGAAUCACCACAGUGAAGCAUACAGUAACAUUGAAGGAGUUCUCGAUAUGCAUGAUCCGUGGAAACCAGCUGCAGUCUGCAGAUGCCGAGUACGGAAUACCAAUCUCUGACUUCAACAAACUUCCAAGUCUCAUUCUCCAUGCCAGCUGGACGUAAAGCUGUCAGUUAUAAGUGGGUCUUUAAAGGGUCAAACACGAUGAAACAGGAAAGAUAUAGAAAGAUUCAAAGGUCUUAUGGCUGAGAUACGGAAUUGACAAUGAUUAAACUUCCCAUUGGUUUGAUGUUUCUCAUGUUGACGAUUGUUGCUGUUCAUGUUGAUGACCUUAUACUUCUAACCAAAACUGAAGAAGACAUGAUAAGUGUCAAGACUAGCCUGGGAAAACCAUUUCAAAAUGAAGAAGAUCGGUAAACUAGGAGUUAAUAUUACUCUGAAGGACGGUGCAACGGGUGCAUUACAAAUCAGUCAAGAGCAGUAUAUCGACAAGAUUUAGCGGAAGUACAAAUUACAAGACUGUGAAACCGUGUCAAAUUAGUGAGAAACGAUUUAACGAUGGUUACAGCAAACCAGUGGAUGCCGUAUAG